GAGGGAAACUACAGAAGCAUGGAUGGGUUGCGGCAACUUGGUCUCCCUGUUCUGGGUAUUGUAGCAGCUGCAGCUAUCACCUUCUAUGUUGUGAGCUUUUCUGAGCUAAGCGAGAAAUCUUUUAGGGACUUGGACAAGAAAGAUUACGAUGAUGAAGGAUAUAAGCCAUCUCCAAGCUCUAGGGUAAAGCGGGCCAGAAGAAAAGCUAACAAACAGUCAAAGGGUUGAAGGCAUUACCAGGCUAUGCUAGCUUUUAGCUAUGGCUUCAUUAGUCAUUACAGAUUUUUGUUAAUGAUGUUCUAUUUUUGGCCUGAACAAUCUGUCAAAUUUGUGAAACAUGUUCCUAAGUUUGUAUGCAAUCAUUUCUAUGAGAGCUGGUUAUCAUC